CCUCCCCUCUCCUCCGCCCCCUUCGCUCCCGACAGUCAUCGCCAUCUCCGAGCCGGGUAGCCAUGCACCCUCGGCAAUGGCUCUGCUCAAGAGCAUGCCAGGACUCGUCCGCUCUAUUGUCCACCCUGUCUAGGACCACGCUCGCGCCCGCCAGAUACGCUCGCUCGUUAAACACGCAAGCCUUCCAGCCGUUAUCAUCACCAUCACAUUCUCUCGGUCUCUCCUGCGCGCGAUUGGCUCCCCUGUCACGCCCCUCGCUACAUUCUUCUGCUCAAAAUGCCAUAUCCUUGGCCCUAAGGAGACCGUUUUCCCAAUCUGCAAUCAUUGCAAAGUCACAAGAGGCUGCGCGCUCCUACCGAGAUGAGAUCAAGCACCAACCAGACCCAGAGGAUGAGGAUGCCAUGGACGAUCAAUCUUUCAAGCCUUCGGAGAAAGCAAAGAGCGCUGCUCAGCUCAACUUGUCGGCAAAGCUGAGCAAAGACGGUACUGGUAAGACCGGUGGUCAGAAUGAGAUCUGGAGACUGCUCAAGAUUGCCCGUCCUGAGAUCAAGGUCCUGUCCUGGGCUUUCCUCUUCCUACUUGUCUCGUCGUCCAUCUCCAUGUCUCUACCAUUCUCCAUUGGCAAGAUUCUGGAUGCUGCCACCAAGCCUGCUGAGGAUGGAGGCGCUGACCUUCUCUUUGGCAUGACAAUGCCUGUCUUCUACAUUGCUCUUGGUACCGUGCUUUCCAUCGGUGCCGCUGCUAACUAUGGUCGCAUUAUUAUUCUCCGCAUUGUCGGCGAGCGUAUCGUCACCAGAUUACGUUCUCAGCUCUUUAGGCGCACAUUUGUUCAGAAUGCCGAGUUCUUCGACGCCAAUCGAGUAGGUGACUUGAUUUCACGUCUCGGCUCAGACACCAUCAUUGUCGGAAAGAGUAUUACACAGAACGUCUCGGAUGGUCUGCGAUCCUUGGUUUCCGCAGUCGCUGGCUUCGGUCUCAUGGGCUAUGUCAGUCUUAAGUUGACUGGCAUCCUGGCGCUCAUGUUCCCUCCCGUCGCUAUUGGAGCUUUCUUCUACGGUCGUACUAUCCGUACUCUCUCAAGGCGCAUUCAAAGAAACCUGGGAACUUUGACCAAAAUCGCUGAAGAGCGUCUUGGAAACGUCCGGACAUCACAAGCAUUUGCUGGAGAGCAACAAGAAGUUCACCGUUACAACACUCAAGUCCGCAAGAUUUUCGAACUUGGCAAGAAGGAAGCUCUGAUCAGUGCUGUAUUUUUCAGUUCCUCUGGAUUCAUGGGCAAUAUGACUUUCCUGGCUCUCCUGUACUUUGGAGGUGGCAUGGUCAAGACCGGAGCCAUCAGUGUCGGAGACUUGUCCAGUUUCUUGAUGUACACCGCUUACGCCGGAUCAUCACUAUUCGGUCUUUCUGGCUUCUACUCGGAGCUGAUGAAGGGUGUCGGUGCUGCCUCACGUCUGUUUGAGCUACAGGAUCGUGAGCCCACCAUCAGCCCUACCAAGGGUGAACCUGUCAAGAGUGCCAGAGGUGAUAUUGUGUUCAAGAACGUUAGCUUCGCCUACCCGACACGUCCUGCUGUGCCCAUCUUCAACGAGCUAGACUUCACGAUCAAGCAGGGUACCAACGUUGCCAUUGUUGCUCCGUCAGGUGCUGGUAAAUCUACCGUGGCCAGCUUGAUCAUGCGCUUCUACACACCUGCAGACGGACACAUUCUUAUCGGUGGACGAGAUGUGACAACCAUGAACGCCAAGCAGUUGAGAAGAAAGAUUGGCUAUGUCGGUCAAGAGCCCGUGCUCUUCUCUGGAACCGUCGCUGAGAACAUUGCCUAUGGUCGCCCUCUCGCGACUCGUGCCGAAAUCAUUGCUGCAGCACGCCAGGCCAACUGCCAGUUCAUCUCCGACUUCCCUGAGGGUCUCGAGACACAUGUCGGUGCACGGGGAACUCAACUCUCCGGUGGCCAGAAACAAAGACUAGCCAUCGCCCGCGCCCUACUCAAGAACCCAGACAUUCUAAUUCUAGACGAAGCAACCAGUGCUCUCGACGCCGAAUCCGAAACCCUCGUCAAUCAAGCCCUCGCCGCCCUCCUCGCAGGCAACAACACCACAAUCUCGAUCGCCCAUCGCUUGUCAACAAUCAAACGUUCCGACAUGAUCAUUUGCAUCGGCAACGACGGCAAAGUAGCAGAAACAGGCACUUAUUCCGAACUCUCAAAGAAGAAAGAAGGUGCAUUUAGCAAACUCAUGGAGUGGCAGAUGUCUGGCAACGAAGCCGCCAAGUCACGUCCUCGAGGUCCUGAAGUCAGUGAAGAGGAAGAACUGGGCUACGAAGUCCAAGAAGAGAGUGCAGCCGAAGAAGGCAAAGAGCAGAUGGAGGAGCAAGGGAGCAAAUACCAAGGACAAGAUAUCAGUGCUGGGGAGGCUGUUGCCGAGAGGACGCCCAAGAGCACGGGAGGAAGGUGA